AUGGGUUUUGUGGAACUGUUGGAGGUGGCUUCUAUGCCAAUUAUUCAAGUACUUCUUAUCAGUGCAUUGGGAGCUUUGAUGGCAACUCAGUAUUUCGAUAAUCUUCUUUCCCCGGAUAUUCGGAAAGCCUUGAACAAGAUUGUCUUCAUUAUAUUCACUCCUUCACUUGUAUUUGCUAGUUUCGCCAAGAGUGUUUCACUUGAAGAUAUGAUAUCAUGGUGGUUUAUGCCCGUUAACGUUGGACUUACCUUCUUAAUUGGAGCAAUUAUAGGAAUGAUAUUUGUGAAAUUACUGAAGCCUAAUUUGAAAGUGGAGGCUCUUAUUAUUGCUUCAUGUUCAUCAGGAAAUAUGGGUAACCUUCCUAUUGUAAUCAUCCCUGCUAUCUGUGAUGAGAACGGAGGCCCAUUUGGUGCACGUGAUGUUUGCCGCAAUAAUGCACUCUCUUAUGCAUCUUUCUCUAUGGCGCUUGGUGGCAUCUUCAUCUGGACCUACACUUUACACACGAUGAAAAGCAGAUGCUUGAAACAUAAGGCCCUCGAGGCUGCUGAGAUAAUGAAGGUUCCCAACAAAGAAUUUGAUGCUACUGCAGAAAGUCUCCUUCUCAAGGAUAGUGAUAGCCAAAACACGAGAGAAGUGCCCACAUCGACCUAUAUUGGUGACAGUGAAAACCAAAUUGCUGUAGACCAAGAUCAGUCCAAUGUAUCAAAGAAGAGCGAAUCGUUUUGGCAUAGAAUCGUUGAAGUUAUGCGUCAUUUUCUGGCAGAACUUAUGUCACCACCAGCAAUUGCAACAUUUUUUGGUUUCCUCUUUGGCGCGGUUGAAUGGCUAAGGAGCCUACUAAUCGGUGAAAAUGCUCCAUUGCGUGUCAUCCAGGACACACUUCAAUUACUUGGGAAUGGGACCAUUCCUUGCAUCACCCUUUUGCUUGGUGGUAACCUCACUCAAGGCCUGAAAUCAUCAAGCGUCAAACCAUUGACCCUCAUCAGCAUCAUCAUAGGCCGACUUUUCCUACUACCUUUGAUUGGAUUGAUCAUUGUAAGACUAGCAGCAAAUUUUGGCUUACUCCCAGUUGAUCCUUUGUUUCAGUAUGUGCUGGUUAUGCAGUAUGCCAUGCCACCGGCUAUGAAUAUCAGUACCAUGGCUCAGCUGUUUGAUGUAGGAAAUGAAGAGUGUUCAGUCAUCCUCCUGUGGACAUAUAGUGCUGCAGCCAUAGCACUCACUGCCUGGUCAACAUUCCUCUUGUGGCUAUUAUCUUAA